ACAGUUUGUGCACAUAUUUACCGCUACUCGCACUAAAUUUUCAGCUCUCAGUUGGCAAUCGACGCGCUUUGAGGUUAGACAUGAUGAACCGGUUCAUCUGCAUUGUUUCGACGAUAUUCGUUUUGGCUAUAAUUUUGGUGACAACAAAUACAAUAUCCACACAAUCUUACCAAGUUAAUAUACCCGGUCAAGGUGCGGUGACCGGUAGCGUCGAUCAAACUCUGUGGACCAAACAGAAAUUCUACUCAUUUCGUGGUAUUCCAUAUGCCGAGUCUCCAAGCGGUCCUUUGCGUUUUAAGGCACCAAGAAGUCGCUCACCAUGGCAAGGAGCAUACGAUGCCCGCCACUUUGGCAAACGUUGUCCAGUAAUAACAACAGUAGCGAAACUAAGUGACGAACAACUGAAGGAAGAUCUGGAGGACUGUCUGAACUUGAGCGUCUAUACGAAACGCCUCAAAGCCAAACAACCGGUGAUGUUUUAUAUUUAUGGCGGUGGCUUUUACAAUGGCUCCGCCGCCGAUCAUCCACCACAUCAUUUACUAGAGAAGGAUAUUGUGUUGGUUGUGGCACAAUAUCGCAUUGGGGCACUCGGUUGGCUGACGACACUCACUGAAGAAAUGCCCGGCAAUGUGCCUGUAAUGGAUCUUAUGCUCGCCUUGAAUUGGGUGCAAGAGUACAUAAAAGUGUUCGGUGGUGAUCCCAGCAGAGUGACGAUUUUCGGACAAAGUGCUGGCGCUGCAAUGUCGGGCGCUUUAUUGGUGAGUCCUAAAACGCCGGAGCGUUAUUUCAAUCGUUCCAUUGUGCAAUCGGGCGCUAUAGUGGCCCCGUGGGCGGUGAAUCGCAAGCCUUUGCAGCAGGUUAAGCUCGUAUGUGAGGCCCUGAAAUGCGCUGACUGCGGAGACAAGUUGAGUCAAUAUGAGUGUUUGCGAGAGGUAACUGUACUGGAGCUAUUGCGUGUCACGACGGAUAAAAGCUUUAGCCUUGUAAUUGGUGAUGUUUUUGGCGUGCUGCCAGAUGAGCCAAGCGUGCUGUUGGAAAGCUUAGAGCGCACAGUGCCCAUAAUGACCGGAUUCACAAAACACGAUGGCUCUUUUGUGUUGGCAACACUUUACGAUACGAUCAUAGCGCAUUACGGCAGCUUAUCGAAAUUUACCGUACGCCAGUUGGCAAAUGUGCUCAUCGAUUUGGGCAAAGAUAGCACAGGUUUGUCGAACAAUUUGCUUUUGCACACGCUCUUCAAGCCCGAGAUUUUGGAUAGCUAUAACCACAGUGCUGCUUGGCCGGCGUAUUUCGAUAUUGCCAAUAUUAUAUUUAUGAAAUCGCCGGUAAUAAGUUACGCAAGUGGGCUGCAACGCAAGAUGCUCCACCCAGUCUUCUUAUACUCCUUCGAUUAUGCUGGCGAACACACACGCUUCGGUUAUGAAUUCGGCAACUCACAUUACCCCUUCCAGGGUGGUGUACAUCACUCGAACGAUAACAUUUACUUAUUUGCCACACACAAACUCAACUCCAACGACACGUUAAUGGCAAAGAAAAUGGUGGAUCUGUGGUAUUCCUUUGCAGUUGAGGGUGUUCCAAGUGUGCGUGAGCAAGCUGGGUUGACUGUGAAAGCUAUGGAGACGGAAUCUGGACCUUACUUUCACAUCAAUGACCAAUUGAGCUUGGGAAGUGACAUAUUAACGGAGCUUACAGCAACAGUCGACGAUCCUGAGAAUUAUAAAUUGAUUAAAGUGUCGCCGCAGACAUCACCGAAUUAGUAAAGUUGCUUAGAAGAAUAGAAAUUGCAUUUAGAAUUGUUGGUUGUGUUGUUAGUAAAGUUUAGUAUUUGAAAAUAAGACAAAAUUUGUUGUAGCUCGUUAGUUUUACGAAUGGUACUUGACAUUAAAGUUAAAUAAAUAAUUUACGUUUCACGUCACACAAA